GUAAAUAAGUUUUUAUCAGGAAUGAAUGAUGAAAGUGUGCCUUUAUGUUGUUGUGAAUAUUACGACAAAAAUCAUGAAAGAAAUCAUAUUUUAGCUUGUUGCUGUAAUUGUGUGGACCUGGAUGAAGCAUUUGACAGUUUAAUUACUUCUCGGAGUAUAUCGCAGCAACAUAAAUCCGGUAUGAUGAGUACACUUCAAGACAGGUUGCGGAUUCCGUGGCGAGGAGGUGCUAAACAAAUAGCAUUUGAUGCCGCUCUGCCGAUAUUUAUCAUACCCACAAUGUUGGCAUUGGCUUCUGUAAGCCUGUGGUGGACAAUAUUCUCGUUUACAACCGUCACAAUAUUUUUGACACUUAUUUUCAAUUUUUUGAUAAAAACUAUACCUCACACCAAGUUUUUCUUUGUAUGGACCCUCACUUCCAUUACUGUUUUGUACAUUAUAUUUGAGUUCGUUGUAAUACCGUUCCUGGAAAUAUUAGUGGAGGAAAAUAUAGCUCUGAGUAUAUUUAUUUUUGGAUUUGUCAUAUGCUGGUAUUUGAUGAAAGUAAGAACUAAACAUUUAAAUAAACUUGGAGUUGGGGAUAUCGAGUUCGGUAAAAUGGGAAGUAGGAUACAGAAUUGUUCUGUAUGUCAGAUGAAAAUACCAGACAGAGAUCAUCAUUGUGUAUGGUUUGACUGUUGUGUGGGCAAACAUAACCAGUGUUUGUUCAUCAUGUGUUUGUUUUUUGCCACGAUAGCGCUGCUAUACAGCUCAAAUUUGACGCUGACGUCUGUGUGCCAUCCUUUUGUUUUAUAUAAAACGAUAUUAUUGCCAGAUGAUUGCUCCGAUGUGUACAAAUUGUUUGAAUUGGGUAUAUCCUUUGUAUCUGCCCUGUAUAGUUUGCUCUUAGCUGUCCUGUUAUUUAUUCUUUUUUUGCACCAAUUGUUAUUGGUUUCUCUUGGCAUGACGACUAAGGAAUGGUAUAGUUUACCGUUAACAUCAAGACUCUGUUUAGGGUUGACUGCAAAAAGGCCUCAAAACCAAGGAUUUCUAAAAAAUUGGUCCUCAGUUAUUUGUUGGACGAGGAAUAAUUAUGCUAUAUUAAACGAAGCAUAAUAAAAAAUUAUUUUUA